AUGGAGAUACCGGACGUGGUGCUCGCCGACGUUCUCCUACGCGUGCUCCAACCGCAGCACCUCGCCGCGUGCAGACGCGUAUGCGCCAACUGGCGCCGUGUCAUCGACGGCCACAAGCUGCUUCUCCCGCACCUCCUGCCGGCGGCUCCGCGCGGCAUAUUCAUCAACUACACAGCCAGAGACGGGUGGAGCGACGUCGGCUACUUCUCCCGGGGGAUCCUCGACGGUACCAUCGACACACGUCUCGGCUUUGCGCCGCUGUGGAACGCGGUCAUCGACCAUUGCAACGGCCUGCUGCUGUGCACGUCUGAAGAAACAUGCUUCGUCUACAACCCGGUGACUUGGCGAUCGGCGCAGCUGCGAGCUCCCCCCGGCGCCCAAGGGGCCAACUGGGGAAUCGGCUCCGCUGCCUACCUCGUGUUUGAUCCUGCCGUGUCUCUCCACUUCCAGGUGUUCCUACUCCCUGACCAGCUGCCCGAGAUGCCCGAGCCCCCUGUACCUGUCAAGUCGUCACCACCGCCGUUCAAUGUGGGAAGGCUCUUCAUGGCCGGAGCUGCAGAUGGCGAUUUGUGGCCCGAGGUCGACACCGACGACGACGACGGAGAGGAUUGGUUUAUGGAUUCACAAGAGGAUGAAACACGUCCGCAUUAUCAUUCGAGCGAGCAUUCUGAGGUGAGGGACGCAAUGGGCCUGAUGGAAUGGCCACCGCUGGUAUACGUGGUGCAGGUCUUCUCAUCUGUCACCGGACAGUGGUCGGAGAGGACUUUUGUACGGAAAAGUGACCCAGCAGGGACGGUGGCAGACAUGUGGCCGGAUUCCUCGUCAAUCAUUUUGGAUUGGUCACCUGCCACGGAUUGGUCACCUCGUGCGCAAAGUAAUUGGAGACCUCGCCGAAGAUACACCGUUUAUUGGCAGCAAUUUCUUUACAUCCAAUGCCGUGCUGGUUUCAUCAUGAGAUUCUCAGUUAUGACGGAGGAGUAUCAAGUGAUCCAAUCCCCAAGAAUUGUUAGCCCGUACAACUGGUGGGAAAAACCGAUAACGUAUCUAGGCAAGUCAAAGAAAGGGGUGUACUACACCGCAACCGACUACCUCAAACUCCGAGUAUGGCUAUUGACAGAAGAAACAGAGGCAUCUCGUGGGGCACUGCCGGUGUGGGCGAUGAUUCACAAUGCUGACCUCGAGCCUCCGUUGAGCCAACUCUCGCAUGAAAAUUGUGAAGAGAAGGACAAGUCGUGGAUCUUGGAUCAUGAAAAGGCUGUACAAACAGAACAAGGAUACCGAGAGUGGGACUCGGACAAUGAUGAUAGAUUUGUUUCUAAUGAUGAACAACAUGACGAUGAUGAUGAAAAUGAUGACUAUGCCGAUGGCGACUAUAUGACCAUGAGUUCAUUGGACUUGCUAGGAUACCAUCCUCACAAGGAGAUUAUCCUCUUGGGCAGUCGAGAAGUUGGCAAUGGUUGUGCGUUCGCUUAA